AUGUCUUCUGGUGCUGCCGGCGUCGAGGCUGUUGAGCCCUCGAAGGUUGCUGUCACUGCUGCUAGAGAGCCAGAUCUCAUCGAUGAGAAGCAGGUCCAUGAUCUGAAGGAUUCGGGUCGAGUGUCCGAUUCUGACGAAGCUUUGGACGAUGUCCUUGUUGGCCCUAAUGGAGAGCAAUAUCCGACGAAGGAGGAGUUGCAAACUCUGCGGCGAACCCACGGGCAUGUCCCGUUUCUGCUUUACAGCAUAGCCUUCGUAGAGCUGUGUGAAAGGUUUGCGUACUAUGGAACAAUCCAAGUCUUCAACAAUUAUAUCAACUGGCCACUUCCACCAGGUUCCAAGACUGGAUCGGCUGGGACAGACGGUCAAGCUGGAGCGCUGGGUUAUGGGACUCAAGCUGCAACCGCCUUGGUCCUCUUCAACUCUUUCUGGUCAUAUGUCAUGCCAAUGUUUGGAGGGUACGUUGCCGAUACAUAUUGGGGCCGCUACAAGACCAUCAACUUUGCUAUCGUCGUUGCAACCCUCGGACAUAUCAUUAUCCUCGUUUCUUCAAUCCCAGGUGUCAUCGAGAAGUCCAGCACCGCCCUUGGUGUCUUCUGCUUAGGACUUAUCUUCUUCGGUAUUGGCGUGGGAUUCUUCAAGACGAACAUCUCACCACUUAUCGCCGAACAAUAUGAGUCCAUGCAUCCUCGACCAACGGUGUUCGUGGAGCCCUCUGGAGAGAGAGUGAUCCACGAUCCUAUCAUGACGAUCUCCCGGAUCUAUAUGCGAUAUUAUUUCUUCAUUAACGUCGGAGCCUUAGGCGGGCAAAUUUCCAUGGUUUAUGCCGAGAAAUACGUCGGCUUCUGGUUAUCUUUCCUGCUGCCCACCAUCAUGUUCAUGUUCACCCCUCUCGUUAUGUUGUGGGCCCGCAACAAAUAUAUCCGAAAACCCCCCACUGGUGAUGUCCUGUAUAAAGCAGUCCGCCUCAUCGGAUUCGCCAUGAAAGGACAUUGGACCCUCAACAUUAAGAAUCUUGUCGCUAGAAUCGGGAGUGAUGAGCUUUGGGAGAACGCCAAGCCGUCCAAAGUGGCCAAUAAACCAAAGUUCAUGACUUUUGAUGAUGCUUGGGUCGAUGAAAUCCGCCGUGGCCUCAAGGCGUGCGGCGUUUUUGUUUUUCUACCCAUCUACUGGUUGGUCUAUAACCAGCAGACGGGAGCCUUGAUCAUUCAGGCUUCUACGAUGAAGCUUGGGGGCGUGCCCAAUGAUAUCGUCAAUAAUUUGGACCCCAUCACCCUCUUGAUUUUCAUACCCAUACUGGACAAACUCGUUUAUCCCGCAAUUGCGAGAAGAGGCUGGCGCUUCACCCCAAUCAAGAAGAUCACGGCGGGCUUCGGCAUGGGAUCUCUGAGCAUGAUCAUUGCUGCGAUCAUUCAGCAUUAUAUAUACGUCAAGUCUCCCUGUGGCGAUCAUGCCACUGACGGAGACUGCAUUGCUGAACUUGGACCACCUGAUUUGUCCGUCUGGAUUCAAACACCAGCAUAUGUUAUAAUCGCCAUCUCCGAGAUUUUUUGUAACAUCGUUGCAUUAGAAUACGCCUUCACAAAAGCCCCUAAGAACAUGAAAUCCUUUGUAACGGGACUUUAUUGGUUUACCAACGCCUUCUCGAGCGCCCUUGGUCAAGCGUAUGUCCCACUGUCGAAGGAUCCACUCUUCACCUGGUUGUAUACGUCGCUUGCUUGCAUCAGCUUCGUGGGCAUGGUUGCCUUUUGGUUCACCUUCCGCGGUUUGGACAAGGAAGAAGAUGCCCUCAAUGCCCUCCCCGAGAGUACCUAUCAGGGCCGAAAGGGAAGUAUCGUAGAUGUCGAGGCGCUCAACGCGAGACAAGCCGAGCAAGACAGAAUCAGAAAGGCGCAAGGCUUCUAG